UCCAUCGUCACGUCGUCCUCGCCAUCAACAUCUAGACUAUCUCCGCCUCAGUCAUGGCCGAACUCUGCUUCUGAGACAUUACCAGCACAACAGAGGAAGCUCAAGAAGGGCUGAGAUAGUAGCAACAGCAAGCAUCCCAUGUACAGAGGGGUUCGAAUGAGGGCGUGGGGCAAGUGGGUGUUAAAAAUCUGGGAGCCCAGGAAAAAGAACUGGAGCUGGCUCGGCACCUUCGCCACGCCGGAGAUGGACGACCUUCACCUCGCGAGUUCCCUGCCCUGACCUGCUCCCAACUCUCAUGUUCAGGCCGCCGCAGCUAAGGUCACUGCUAUGAAGAUAUUUAAUCCUCCGACAAAGUCGCUCUUAUUUUCCUCUUCGUCGUCGUCAUUGGCAAUGUCCUCUUCCUCCUUUGGCGACCCGUCCAUUUCGGAGGAACUGGGCGAGAUGGUGGAGAUGCCACCUCUGGAGAGCAGCUUCGAGAUAGGUGGAGAGACAGUAGUAACAGGAGAUGAGAGAGCUCUUGGCCAGAAAUGCAGCCACCAUCGAUGAAGGAAGGAGAUGCUUAGGGAAGGAAGAGAUCCGGAUCUGUGAUGGCGGAGGAGAGACGAAGGAGGGAAG